AUGCUCCGUACAGUAUCUGAAAUCGAUCUGACUUAUUCUGGUCGGAUGAGUGUGGUGUUAUUAGCUGAAUGCAGCUCGAGGCAUCCAUUUAGGGCAGAACAGCUGGUGUUUGUUCAAAUGCCAGUGAACAGGCCGGAGAUGCGGACCACAUGGAACCCGUCAAAGAUGGACAACAAGAAGAGCAUCCGUUGCAAUGAUCUACCAACCAACGGUUCUCCUUCAACAGCCACCUAUACCCCUUCCUUCAACAGCGGCUUCCACGGUUCUCAACUCGUACGAAUCCUUCAUCUCUCCUCUCUUCCUCUGCAGCAGCGGGAAGAGCCGGCCAUGGCGCCCAGCAGGAUCCGGAAGGCGCUGGGGGCCGUAAAGGACCAGACGAGCAUCGGGUUGGCGAAGGUGAGCAGCAGCGCCACGUUGUCGGACUUGGACGUGGCCAUCGUGAAGGCGACGCGGCACAACGAACUGCCGGCGAAGGAGAAGCACAUCCUCGAGAUCCUGAGCCUGAUGUGCUACUCCCGGGCCUACGUGGGGGCGUGCGUGUCGUCGCUGUCGCGGCGGCUGGGCAAGACCCGGAGCUGGACGGUGGCCCUCAAGACACUCAUCCUCAUCCACCGUCUGCUCGUGGAGGGCGACCCCGCCUACGAGCGGGAGAUCUUCUUCGCCACCCGUUGCGGCUCCCGGAUGCUCAACAUGUCCCACUUCAGGGACUCCUCCGGCUCCGACGCCUGGGACUUCUCGGCCUUCGUGAGGACGUUCGCGCUCUACUUGGACGAGCGGUUGGACUACAGGAUGCACGGCCGCCGCAAGUGGCGCAGCAGCAGGAGCAACAUCUACGAGGAGGAGGUCGACGAGGAGACCGCUGCUGCCGCUGAGGCGGCGUCCUCGAAGGCCAGCACGCCACUGAAGGAAAUGACGACCGACCACGUCUUCGCCAGGACGCGCCACCUGCAGCACAUGUUGGAACGCUUCCUCGCAUGCCGGCCCACAGGAGAGGGGGGGGGGACGUUAAAGCAUGUAUGCAUACGAUACGCAGGUGCGGCGAAGCAAAACCUCGUGGUGCACGUCGCGCUUUACCCCCUGGUGAAGGAGAGCUUCCAAAUCUACUACGACCUCGCCGAGAUCAUGAACAUCUUCGUCGACCGCUUCACGGACCUCGAAGUCCCCGACUGCGUCAGCGUCCAUGAGAUCUUCUCCCGCCACGCCAAGCAGCUUGACGAGCUCGACCUCUUCUACGAUUGGUCGAAGUCCGCCGGCAUCUGUCGCUGCUCCGAGUACCCCGACGUCGUGCGUAUCACCCCCAAGAAGCUCGAGGUAAUCGACGAGUUCAUCCGCGACAAGGCCACCCUCGGCCACGCCAAGCGGCAGCCCUGCCCGGAGCCGGACCCUGCGCCGCCUCAGGACGAGUCCCAGUGCGAGAUGGAUGGCAUCAAAGCGUUGCCCCCGCCGGCGGCCGACGCCGAGGGCACGAAGCAGGAGCUUGCGGUCGUUGUCAAGGUCAAGGAUGACUCCUUAGAGAAGCAGAAGGAAGAGGAGGAGGCGGUGGACUUCUUGAACUUGAAGGAAGACGCGAUGACGGGAGAAGAGCACGGGGAGAAGCUGGCGCUGGCGUUGUUCGACGGCGGCCUGUCAGCGGACGCAUCGCGUAAAUGGGAGGCGUUCGUGAACGACGACCCGUCCGACUGGGAGACGACGCUGGUGCAGACGGCAAGCAAUCUGUCGGGCCAGAAAGCGUCGUUCGGCGGCGGCCUCGAGAUGGUGUUACUCGACGGGAUGUACGCGCAGGCGCAGGUGCAGGUGCAGGCCGGGGUGGGGCACGGGUACGUCGUCAGCGGGAGCGCGAGCAGCGUCGCGGGCGACCCGUUCGCGGCAUCGUUGAUGGUGCCGCCGCCGUCCUACGUGCAGAUGUCGGACAUGGAGAAGCAGCAGCGGCUGCUCGAGGAGCAGCAGGUGUGGCAACAAUAUGCCAAGGUUGGGAUGGCCAAGCUGCAGCAUCCUCCUCCCGGUGCAUACGGUAUGAUGGGUGGAUAUGCUCGUCUGCAUUGAGUCAUUUGGGGUGGAGUUGGGUAUUAAUUAGCUCAUGACUUGUCCAUAUUGAGAUGAUGAUGGAUUUUAUGAUACAAAAUUCACAUAAAAUGACAUUAUUAAUUUAAUAUAUAAAAGUCACAUGCUCUACUUAUUUUUGCUGAAAAUUCAUAAAAUAAUUUAUAUGAGUUACAAUGAUUUAAUAAUUGUGAUAUAUAAAAUAACCCUAAUGCUUAUAAUA